AUGCUCCAUUCAACAUUGGCUUUGUCUCUCCUGCUAGUUGCAGUCUCAUCCAACCUUGCUAUGGCAAUCAAAAAGGAAAGAAGAGCACCUCAGACAUUAUCAAGAGGUUGGGGAGAUGAAAUAACAUGGGUACAAACUUAUGAAGAAGGGCUUUAUCAAGCAAAAAAAAGUAACAAGCCACUGAUGGUCAUUCAUCAUUUGGAAGACUGUCAAUACUGCCAAGCACUGAAGAAAGCUUUUGCUGAAAAUGAAGAGAUACAAGAAAUGGCCCAAGAUAGUUUCAUUAUGCUGAAUCUCAUGCAUGAAACCACAGAUAAAAACCUGUCACCUGAUGGACAAUACGUGCCUCGAAUCAUGUUCAUAGACCCAUCUCUCACGGUGAGAGCUGAUAUCACAGGAAGAUACUCUAAUCGGCUGUACACUUAUGAACCACAAGACAUACCGUUCUUAAUAGAGAACAUGAAGAAAGCACUACGCCUCAUUCAGACAGAAUUGUAA